AUGCCUGCUUGUUCGUAUCUCAAAGAAUAUACUUCUUUCGAAUGUGGUGGUGAUUCUAGAGGAGGGAAUACGACCUUUGGCUCGCCGCAACCCCAAUCGAGCAUCGCAGAAUCCUACGAACUUGUCGACUACGCCAAAGCCAGGAUCCAGCAGGCGGAAUCCGCGCGGGAUCGAAGGAGGGAGUCAAGACGACCAGAAAAAUACCUGAGGCUUGCGGAGGCAGACGAAAUGAAGUUCUCCCAUAGUAUACAGUUCAACGCUGUUCCGGAUUGGAGCAGCCACUACAUUGCGUACAGCAAUUUGAAAAAGCUAAUAUACGCGCUCGAAAAGACAAUUCAUCGGCCGCCAGUCGGCGAGGAGGAUGCGGAACAGUCACCACUCAUACAUUCCGAGGACCCGGAUCAGAUAUUCCAGAGGGCGUUGGAUGUGGAAUUAGAGAAAAUUUCGUCGUUCUACCAGCUCAAGGAACUUGAAAUCUACGGAGAGGUUUCCGAGUUCUUGAAAGACGAGGAAUCAUACGAAUCUGAGAAUGCGGAUCAACUGGACGGCGCGGACGGAGGAAUACCAAAUGCUGGCGGUCGGGCAAGUGACCGGCCACGGCAAGGCAGUGUGUUCCGCAGUUUUCAUUCUGGCAGGAGAGCAAGUACCGUCAGCAAAUCAAUUGAUGAGGGCGUAGAGGAUAGCGAUGACGACGACGACGAGAAUACCGCUUUAACGAAGUCGAGGGUUUCGCUGGGCAAACGCACCAAGAGCAUGCCAUAUGACGUUCAUGGCGGUCGCUCUGAGGAUAUGCGCGCUUCGACAGAGUUCAAUAAAUCCGCUCGACGUAAUAGCAACAGCUAUGACGACUAUGCAGAACAGGCUUUCUCGGCCAUGUACUCUUCUGGCAUCACCUUGAAGAAGAGAGCUAUCAGCUUGUUUGUCCAGCUGUGUGAACUGAAGUCUUUCAUUCAAUUGAACAAGACUGGUUUCACCAAGGUCUUGAAAAAGUAUGAUAAAAUCUGCGACCGCAAUCUCAAGGCAAAAUACAGCGAAAAAUUUGUAGCUCCCGCGUAUCCUUUCAAGCCGGAAACGAUCAAGCACGUAGAAGAUAACAUUGCCCGACUGGAACAAGCAUAUGCGGAUGUAGUUACGCAGGGAGAUGUUGUCGUUGCCAAAAAGGAGUUGAGACUGCACCUUCGAGAACACGUGGUAUGGGAAAGAAACACAGUUUGGAGAGAGAUGAUUGGAAUCGAGCGCAAGGCCCAAGCAGCAAAUAUGGGAUUGCGAAGAACCUUGCUCGGUCGUGAUAAUGAUCCUGCCAAAGCUCGACUGCAAGGUGAUGAUGCCGAGGAUUUGGAAAUCAAAGAACUGGAAACGCCGGUUGGAAGGAUUAGAAUCCCGGCUUGGUUGUAUAGCUCGACCAUGCUGACUCUGGUUGCUAUCAUCGCGGUAUUCUUUAUUCUGCUUUAUCUUCCCAUCAUGAAAAAGGUCGAACAGCAAAAUUGUCUGGCUAUGCUGAUUUUUGUCAGUCUACUAUGGGCUACGGAGGUCAUACCGCUCUUCGUCACUUCUCUACUUAUACCCUUUUUGUGUGUCGUCUUGAGGGUCGUACGAUCUGAUGAUAAGCCACAUCAUCGUUUAGAAGCUGGCCCCGCGACGAAGUAUAUAUUCGCUGCUAUGUGGACACCGGUCAUUAUGCUGCUUCUGGGUGGUUUUACAGUAGCAGCAGCACUUUCCAAAUAUGAUAUCGCUAAGCGAAUCGCGACAUUCGUCCUGAGCAAAGCUGGUACUCGACCUCGAACAGUUCUAGUCACCAAUAUGUUUGUAGCAGCGUUUGCCAGCAUGUGGAUUAGUAAUGUCGCAGCACCAGUCUUAUGCUUUUCAAUCAUACAGCCAAUGCUGCGUAACCUCCCGUCAGAUUCGGACAUGUCCAAAGCUCUCAUUCUUGGUAUUGCGCUUGCUUCCAACAUUGGUGGAAUGCUCUCUCCCAUCGCAUCACCACAAAACAUUGUCGCCCUACAAAUAAUGUCACCACCUCCUUCCUGGGGCACUUGGUUCUUUGUAGUCAUCCCUGUCGGAAUCAUUUCAAUCCUCUUAAUCUGGGUAAUUCUUCUCGUCUCCUUCAAACCAGGAAAAGGAACGACCAUCGUCCCAAUCCGACCCGUGAAGGACAAGAUCACCGGUAUCCAAUGGUUCAUCUCUCUAGUUACCCUCGGCACAAUCAUCCUCUGGUGCGUAAGCCAUCAACUCGAAUGGCUGUUUGGAGACAUGGGGGUCAUAGCCAUUAUCCCUCUCGUCCUCUUCUUCGGUACCGGUAUCCUCACCAAAGAAGACUUCAACAAUUUCCUCUGGACCAUCAUCAUCCUUGCCGCGGGUGGUCUAUCUCUCGGUAAAGCAGUCAACUCCUCCGGUCUCCUCCAUACCAUCGCAAAUGCCAUCACCGCCCGCGUCGAGGGGUUCUCGCUCUACGGUGUUCUCGUAGUAUUCGCAUCUCUCAUCCUAGUCGUCGCAACUUUCAUCAGUCACACCGUCGCCGCCCUCAUCAUCCUCCCGCUGGUCCACAGUGUCGGUAUGGGAAUGGACGAACCACAUCCUAAUCUCUUGGUCAUGGGAAGUGCGCUGAUGUGCAGUGCUGCUAUGGGUUUGCCUACCUCAGGAUUCCCUAAUAUGACCGCCAUCAUGAUGGAAGAUUCUCAGACCGGACAGAGAUAUCUCCAGGUCAAACAUUUCAUCAGUCGCGGCAUUCCGAGUAGUGUCGUUACCCUGGUCGUGGUCGUGACGGUCGGAUAUGGAUUGAUGCUUAUAGUGGGCAUGUAA